GGCAGUGCCGCGAGCCGCGGAGCGCGGACUCGGACCCGGACCCAGCCGGGUGCGGAGGCGCCAGAGCGCCAAGACGACUGAGAGAUGACGGCUGGGAGCCCCGGAGACUGCGGGGAGGCGCGGAGGAGCCCCGAGGGCCGCGUCUCCCGCCUGGGCCGCCGCCUGGGCCGCCGCCGGCGCCCGCGCUCCCCUCCCGAGCCCCUGCGGGUGCGGGCGCGGCUGCGGCUGCGCUCGCCGUCGGGGGCGUUCGCGGCGCUGGGGGCGCUCGUGGUCCUGGUGGGCAUGGGCAUCGCAGUGGCCGGCUACUGGCCGCACCGCGCCGGGGUCCCGGGGCCCCGGGCUGCAAACGCCAGCGCGGCCCCCCUGAGCGAGCUGCGGCGCGAGGGUCGGGGCGCCGGCCGGGCCCACGGCCCGCACGAGCGGCUGCGACUCCUUGGGCCUGUGGUCAUGGGCGUCGGCCUGUUCGUGUUCAUCUGCGCCAACACGCUGCUCUACGAGAACCGAGACUUGGAGACGCGACGGCUUCGUCAGGGGGUGCUGCGGGCUCAGGCGCUCCGACCCCCGGACGGCCCGGGCUGGGACUGCGCUCUCCUCCCCAGCCCCGGCCCCAGGACUCCCCGAGGCAUAGGCUGCGUGGAGCCAGAAAGCUGGGACCUGUCCCCGCGUCGGGGUACCUCACCAGUCCCGUCAGUGCGGAGUCUGCGUUCAGAGCCUGCUAAUCCUCGCUUGGGGUUACCUGCCCUGCUCAACAGUUACCCGCUGAAGGGCCCAGGGCUGCACCCACCCUGGGGUCCACGGACCCAGACUGGCCAUGUGAUUAUCACCGUGCAGCCCUCUGGUUCCUGCAUUGAACAUUCCAAGUCUCUGGAUCUGGGCCUUGGGGAGCUCCUGCUUAGGGCCCCAGCAGCUCGGGACUGUGCUCACCGAAGCUGGCCACGGCUGGACCGCCUUAGUCUGGGGGGUUACGCCAAGUUGGGAAGAGGAGGGGACUUGGGGGCCCGGGUCUGAGGAGCAGGGACAGCCUGCUAUGAGGCUGCAGCAUGGACCAUGGUACAGGACUAGGACUGGGAGUCCCAAUGUCUAGUAGAUGCUUCAGUCCCAUCCCAGACUGGGGAUGGAUGCUCUGGCCCCAGCAGCUGCUAAAGCAUCCUGACUGGCAUGUCGGCAGAGAAAUGCCAACUGCACAAGGGUUCAAAAAGCCGGAGAGUAUGUGUUUUAACGUGGAAUCUGAAGACCAGCAUGACUCAGCCUCAGGAAUUCCUUCAGCCUCCAAAAGUGGCCUUAGCCCCGAACAGGUACCUGAGGGGGCUGGAGGUCCAGGCCAGGGUGAUUGGGAGAUGUAUCUGGUGUCUUGGCAAACCCAAAGUGGUGGGCAAGGACCCUAAGACUUGGAAGGUAGGUUGUGAUGUUACAGGCUGGGACAGGCUCCCUCCAAGGUGGCACUAGUGAUAGGGUCUGGGCCUCUGGGAAGACGGGCAAUGGGGUGGGGCUGAGAUGUUCCACGGCCACCUGGGAUGGGGACUGAGCCUUUAACUCCUACCACAUCAACCCCUCCCCCCCCAGCCAUGCAGGGUAUAUCCCACGAGGGCUACGCUACUGCCAAUGACUUCAUACUGAGGGUCUGGCCCCUCCCCAAAGAGGUCUGAGAAGCCCCCUUUCUCUCCUUUGUCGUGGCCUGUGCCACGAAAUUUCCCUCCAGUUGGCAAAAAGCAUAUGCCAGUUCCCAGGAAUCCUUUUAUAUGUUGAAGCUGCAUUUUGGUCAAUGUGGACAGCUUUAGAAAAUGGCUUGGAUUUGGGUCUUCCUGUCGCAUGUUUAAUUUUUCCCGAGUUGCCAGUAAGAGAAGAGAACUUUAAAAGUUGAUCAAUCUUCACAGAGUCAGUCCUUUUUUUUAAAGUUUAUUGAAAAAUGCAAUACAAGAAGAAGCAAGACCAAACAGUAUCUAAACACUACCACCACUU